AUGAAGCGGAGGAGAGAGGUGGAGAUGGUGGCAUCGGAGAUUAGGUCAGCAAUUGAUGAGGUGUCGCUGUUAGCAGCCAACCUCAAAACUGACGCAGCUCAAGAUGCCGUUCCGGUUUCUGAUUCUGUUCCGGUUCAGAAGAGUGUCCAAAUUCCGAUCAAGCCGUUUCUCUCUCUCUGCGAUUUGCUCGUUCAAGUUCUCGAUAAGAUAGGGCCAACAAUGGCUGUCUUGAGACAAGACAUUCGUAACAACAUUGAGAGAUUAGAGAAAUUCCAUGAUUCUGAUCCAUCCGUAUAUUGCGAUGUGGUUGAGAUUUUGAAGAAAGAGGUAAAUGAAGGCAACGCAAAAAAGGGGCCCACAUGCAGCAAAGCCUUUGUUUGGCUCAACAGGUCCCUAGAUUUUACUAUGGUAUUGUUAGAGUUGCUAGUGAAGGAUUUUGGAAGAAAUAUGGAGGAAGUGGUUGAAGAAUCUUACAUCACCACCUUAAAACCAUGGCAUGGAUGGAUCUCUGCAGCAGCCCAUAAAAUCGCCCUGAAGCUUGUGCCCGAUAGCCGGACUUUCGUGGAUGUUCUUAAGGUCAAAGGCAAAGAUGAAGAAGAAGAAGAAGAAGAUGACGACGAUGUUCUCAAGAAAGACAUACAAAAGUUGAUCUCUCUGCUCAUGCCAGUGCUAGAGCAGAACAUGGAUAUUUUGAGAGAGUAUGGAUUGGAUAAGCUGAAAUCGACGUGAAGAAGAAGAAUGUUCAAAUUUUGGUGAUUGGUGUAUGAGUAUGAUGCAUCUUGUUUUAGGCGAAUGUACAGUUGAAAUAUGUAAAAUUAGUUAAUCUCUCUUCUUCUUCUUC